AUGGGCAUCAUUCGUGAUAUCGUGUACAACGUGAUGGACAAUCACAACAUGAACAACGCGAACAUGAACAACCCCAACUGCGGCCACGACCGCAACGUCGUCUACACGACUCCGGUCCCUGUCGGCGCCACCUAUGUCGGCUCUCCCUACCUCGGCCGCCACGACCGCCGCAUGGCCCGCCGCGAACUGCGCCGUGACUACCACGACGUUCGCCGUGAUAUGCGCCACGGGUACGUUGUCGACACUGCCUACGUCACCUCCGUGCCCUCGCCCAUGCAGCAGCAGCAGCAGCAGAUGAUGUACAACAACAACACCAACAUGCAGUACCAGCAAGGCCCGCCGGCCUCGCAGAUGUAUAGCAGCAGCAACAACUACAACAAUCAACAGUACGCCCCGCCGCAAGGCCCGCCGACGUAUGCAACGCGCGACGUAUCGUCUCAGAACAACAACAAUAACAACAGCCGUGACAUGGCUCGGGAUGGCAACGCACCACAGCCGCAGCAACGCCGCGUCUUUGACGAUGAGUCGGACGUUCACGCCCCGCCGCCCUACACACCCAACGGCAACGACCAGCAGUCAAAACGCUCGAAAAACUAG